UAUUGUUAAAAGGUAAGGCGCUCGUCCGACCAAUGCAUUCGAGAGGAACUUUUGGCAACACAACAAGGUUCUCCUAACGUCAGGCUCUCAGUCGUCUACUUUUGUUAUCUGUGAGAAAAUUUCAGAUAUGGCGUUCAUCAGUUUGGUCGCGUCUCUGUCGCUGCUGGUCGUCGCAGGAGUGAGUCACGGCCUCCCAGCCGCCGUCACGGCCCCUCCUCAGGUGGCCGCUCAGUGCCCCUACACGCCGGGGCCGGUCCCUCUUCUGCUGCCCAACCCCGUCGACUGCGGCUCCUUCUACAUGUGCAGCUGGUAUGGGACGGCCUUCUUGCAGCACUGUCCUCCUGUGCUGCACUUCAACGCCAAACUGCAGGUGUGUGACUCUCCUGCUCACGCCAACUGUGUCCAGAGAACCACAGCUGCUCCUGUCUCCACUGCUGCCCCAGUCUCCAAUGUGACAUCAACUGUUGCUGUCCCCAACGUAACUACAGUUGUUCCAACCUCCAAUAUCACUGCAACUGCUCCAAUCAGCAAUGUAACCACGCAUGUUCCUAUUACCAAUGCGACCACAGCUGUUCCUUCUCCUUUUUUGGUCGCGUCUCUGUCGCUGCUGGUCGUCGCAGGAGUGAGUCACGGCCUUCCAGCCGCCGUCACGGCCCCUCCUCAGGUGGCCGCUCAGUGCCCCUACACGCCGGGGCCUAUCCCUCUGCUGCUGCCCAACCCCGUCGACUGCGGUUCCUUCUACAUGUGCAGCUGGUAUGGGACGGCCCUGUUACAGCACUGUCCUCCUGUGCUGCACUUCAACGCCAAACUGCAGGUGUGUGACUCUCCUGCUCACGCCAACUGUGUCCAGAGAACCAUAGCUCCUCCUGUCUCCACUGCUGCCCCAGUCUCCAAUGUGACAUCAACAGUUGCUGUCUUCAACGUAACUACAGUUGUCCCAACCUCCAAUAUAACUGCAACUGCUCCAAUCAGCAAUGUAACCACACAUGUUCCUAUUGCCAAUGCGACCACAGCUUCUCCUUUGUGACCGCAGCGUUUCCAAACUCCAGUGUAACCGUAGCUGCAUCCAGUUGUUCUAGUCUCCUAUAUCUCCAGGUGCUCUACUAUCCAGAGUUAUUCAAGAGGACGAUAAUAAUUGCUAUUAAGACGUUUCCUCAAGUAUUGUGUAUUUAUUUUGAAAUAAACUUUUUAAACACAAUCUUUA